AUGUCCCGCUGGGGCGCGGAUGCAACCAACCAACUUCACGUUCGAUUCAAAAGCUGUGCUCUCGGGAAGUACUGGAAGGUCAAGAAGAAGUUGCUGAUCGACCACGGCGCGUGGAAGGACACGUCCAUUUUAGGCUCCAGUCCUCACACUGGCUUCCAGCACCUCGCGUGCGCGUCCGAGGAGGAGAUCGACGACCUUGUCCGACUGAGUAUGGGGUCUGACUGUGGAGGCGGGAAAGACGCCUUCACGAUCAUGGUAUUCGAGUGCGCCAAGAAGUUCCAGGUGCCAGAGGCGACGUUGAAUUCGCUCACCGAGCACAUCCAGAGUUUCUUCGCCAAGGCGUCCUCGUGA